CACUAGGCGACUUUGUCAGCAACAAACAAAGGACAUGCCGUUUAACGAUUCCACACGGUCGAAAUCUUCUCGACCCAAUUUCCUUCACCCCGCAAAAUUGAAGAGUUUGGUGGCUUGAUGGAGGGUAACAACAAGAAGGGGUACGCGUGGGCAAUCUCAGCCGGCCUGAACGCCGCUCUGGCUGCCGUUUCGGCGAAGCUCAUCACUCCUCAGAUUGUUAGGUAUGGUUUGGUGAUAUUGUUCAAUGCGACAAUGUGGGGAUGUUAUGUGAACAGCCUGAAAGCUCUGUCUUCUCUGCAAGCUACUGUCACAAAUUUUGCUGCAAACUUCCUGUCUUCUGGUCUAGCUGGAUACUUUUUGUUCCAAGAACCGUUAUCUUUUCAGUGGUUUGCAGGUGCCCUGCUCAUUGUAGUUGGUUCAUUCGUACUUAGUAAGUCAAGUAUUGAGAAGAAGGCCCAUACGCAUUAACAUUUCUGCAUUUCACUUCACCCUUGUAGUUGAGAUAUCAGAUAACUCUAGAUUUCCAUUUCUUUCCUCUUCCGAUAAAAGUAAGGAGACAGAAGAGAUUUUCUGAGAAUGAGUUUUAUAUCUAAACAGUGAAAGAAUGAGUUUUAUGCUUAUUGUCAUUCUUCUUCCCUCCAACAGAAAAGUUGCAAUCCUUUCAAAUUAAUUGGUUUUAUUAUGCAGUCCUAUAAACAUAUGAUUUUGUUUCAAUCUUGUACUUAACCGCAUUAUUUCAUUUUAUACUAGUUUAA